UGACCCGAGCUUCCGGGGCAGCAGCGAACAGACUCGACUGUGCGGGCCGGGGAGGCCUAGCAGGAGCUCGGCGCGGAGGCCGACAAGGGCCAGCGGGGCCGCCUGCUCGCAGGUCAGUCAUCAGCACUGUCUAGGGUUUCCCAAGAGGAGCAGAACAUGAGUAGAUCAAAGGGCCCACUGUCAUUCAAGGAUGUGGCUGUGGCCUUCACCCAGGAGGAGUGGCAGCAGCUAGACCCUGAGGAGAGGACAACAUACAGGGAUGUGAUGCUGGAGACCUACAGCAACCUCGUCUCUGUGGGGUAUGACAUUACCAAGCCAAACGUGAUUAUUAAGUUGGAGCAGGGAGAAGAGCCCUGGACAGUGGACGGUGACCACCGUGCUCAGAGGCACUUGACAAUCAGUAAAGUUUAUGAUCCCAGAGAAGGAAUCCAGGAAAAUGGCCAGAAACAUCUGCAGUGCGGUGAUAAUCUCCACCCCUGGAGAGUGGAGGAGGGGGUUGCAUUUGAUGAAGCCUGCACCCUAGAACCAACCCUCACUUCCCCUAGCUCAGGCGCUCACUGCUGUGUCUCCUGUGGGGAGACUCUGGAGUCUGUUUCAGAACUGAUUAGCAGUGACGGAAGCUAUGCAGUGGAAAAGUCCAGCAUGUGUUUUGAGUGUGGGAAAGCAUACAGAGAAAACCCUGAUGACUUUAACCAAGGCGAGGGUAAUGCCUCUCAACACAAUGAACGUAUUUUGCAGAAAAUCACCAUUUUGGAGAAACCCUUUGAUUAUGAGUGCAUGGAAGCCUUAGAUAGUGAAAGUGUUUUCAUGGUUCAUGAGAGAGCUUAUAUGGGGGAGAAGCCCUAUGAAUGGGAUGAUUCUGGACCAGAUUUCAUCCAAAUAUCGGACUUCAGUACAUAUCCGAGAUCACAGAUGGAACUGAAGCCCUUCGAAUGUACGCAGUGUGGGAAGUCCUUCUGUAAGAAGUCCAAAUUCAUCAUCCAUCAGAGAGCUCACACAGGAGAAAAACCAUAUGCUUGUAGUGUGUGCGGAAAGUCCUUUAGUCAAAAGGGAACCCUCACUGUACAUCGGCGGUCACAUUUAGAAGAAAAGCCCUAUAAGUGUAAUGAGUGUGGGAAGACCUUCUGUCAGAAGUUACACCUCACACAGCACCAGAGAACUCAUUCAGGAGAGAAGCCCUAUGAAUGUAGUGAGUGCGGAAAGACCUUCUGCCAGAAGACACACCUCACACUACAUCAGAGGAAUCAUUCAGGGGAGAGGCCCUAUCCAUGUAGUGAAUGCGGGAAAUCCUUCUCCCGGAAGUCUGCCCUCAAUGACCAUCAGAGAACACACACAGGAGAGAAGCUUUAUAAGUGUAAUGAGUGUGGUAAAUCCUACUACCGGAAGUCCACCCUCAUUACACACCAGAGAACACACACAGGGGAGAAGCCCUAUCAGUGUAGUGAGUGUGGGAAAUUCUUCUCUCGGGUGUCGUACCUCACCAUACACUAUCGGAGCCAUUUAGAAGAGAAACCUUACGAGUGUACAGAAUGUGGGAAAACCUUCAAUCUAAACUCCGCUUUCAUUAGGCACCGGAAGGUCCAUGCAGAAGAGAGAGCGCAGGAGUGCGGUGAGUGUGGGAAGCCAUCCCAGCUGCAGUGUCUCCCUGAUCACGCAGAUGACCUAGGAGAGAAGCGCUAUGAGUGUAAUGAGUGUGGGAAGACCUUCCUUGACAACUCAGCCUUCGAUAGGCACCAGUCCGUUCCCGAAGGGGAGAAAACUUAUGAGUGUAACAUAUGCGGGAAGUCCUUCUCUGAUUUGUCAUGCUACACUGUGCAUUACAGAGGUCAUUCUGAAGAGAAACCCUUUGGGUGCAGCGAAUGUGGGAAAACAUUCUCUCAUAACUCAUCCCUCUUUAGACAUCAAAGGGUACACACAGGAGAGAAGCCGUACGAGUGUUUUGAAUGUGGAAAGUUCUUCUCUCAGAAGUCGUAUCUCACUAUCCAUCACCGGAUCCAUUCAGGAGAGAAGCCCUAUGAAUGUAGCAAGUGUGGGAAAGUGUUCUCUCGGAUGUCAAACCUCACGGUACACUAUCGAAGCCAUUCAGGAGAGAAGCCGUAUGAAUGCAAUGAGUGUGGGAAAGUCUUUUCUCAGAAGUCGUACCUCACUGUGCAUUACCGGACUCAUUCAGGAGAGAAACCUUAUGAAUGUAAUGAAUGUGGGAAAAAAUUCCACCACAGAUCAGCCUUCAAUAGCCAUCAGAGAAUUCACAAAAGAGGCACUGUAACUGUACUCAAUGUAGAAAAUCUCUGACAUCUCAAUUUAAAAAAAAGAACAUUUGGUUAUACUGAACAUUGGAAGCCCAAUAGGUAGUCAGGGGUGGAUUUUUCCCCCAAUUUUCAGUAUAUGUGGUGCUGGGAACUGGGUAUGGGCCUUUGCAUUCUGUAGACAUUCUUCACUGAGCUCACCUCAGCAAUCACAUGUUGAGCAUCCAUGCUCACUCUUAAGUGUGAAGUCCUAAAACAGAGUCCACUUUAACUGAGUUCUCAGAGAGGAGUCUGUAAAGAUUUGGCAAGAAGCAAACCAUGACCAUAUAAUUUAUGGGGGCUAGGUAAUUUUUUACAGGAGUGAACCUUUGAAAGUAUUUGAUAUUUAUUUUUUAUUUAAGUUGAAUUUAUACAUCAGGGAGUUUUUGCUGAGGACUUUUCAGCUGAUGAGUGUAACUCACCUUGGAAAUGCACGCUAAAAGCCAUAUUUCUGAUGUUAUGACAGGUGUUUAUAGAAAAGAUGCAAGAAACUAUGAGUUCUGAAUAAACUUAUAAAAUGAAAUUAUAAAGCCAUCAGUUGACCCUGAGGGUGACUAGAAAUGCGGCACCUCUGCUGUUCUAGAAGUGUAAUUGAAUAGUGACUCUAUGCAAUGUUUUGCAAUCUCAGCUUUGAAUAAUUUGUGAGAACAUGAUAUCAAGGAUUAAAAUGACUGUUACCAUGGGUAUAUGGGUGGAAUAGGCUAUCUGAUAGGGAAGUACAUAGUUUUCUAUGUCGGUGCUUACCAGUAGAGUGGUUUUUGUAAAAAAUUUUCAACUGGAAUUGAGCAAAAAAAAUUUUAAAAUACUAUUUUGAUAAACUA